AUGGCUAGUGUGAAGGACGUGGUCAAGGAGUCCCUGGUGGGCAGCUCCCAGGAGCCACAGCCAUCGCAGCAGAUCAAAAGCAAUUUCUUGCGCCAUGCACGCAAAGACGAGGUGACUGGCGAACUCUACAUGUCCCAGGAUGACUUCGUCAAUGCUGUUGCUCCCAAGCAUGAAGACUAUCAUAAAAUCAACCGCGAGCAUUACGGCGUUUUGUUUAUGGUCGCCGACAGGCGCAGGACAGGCAAAGUCAGCCUUGCCGACUGGGCAACCUUCGAGAACCUCUUGGCCAAACCCGACGCCGAAUACGAGAUCGCUUUCCGACUGUUCGAUGCGGAGGGAACAGGCGCCGUGAAAUGGGACACUUUCAAGCAGGUGUGCGACCUGAGCAAGGGUAGUGAUAGCAUACCGUUCGACUGGAACUCCGAAUGGGCUUCUCUGUACACUGGAAAGACUAAGCGUCGGCACGACAUGACAUACCCCCAGUUCGCUCAGAUGCUUCGAGGACUGCAAGGCGAGCGCAUCAGGCAAGCCUUCCACGUUUUCGACAAGGAUGGCGACGGUUACAUUGAGCCCGAAGACUUCCAGCGCAUCAUUCUCGAGACCUCGAAGCACAAGCUGUCCGACUAUGUCCUGGAGAACCUCCCCAGCUUGUGCAACAUCUCCGCAGGCACCAAGAUCUCCUAUGCCACUGUCCGUGCUUUCCAGAACAUCAUGCGCGAGAUGGAUAUCAUCGAUGUCAUUGUGCGUGAGGCGACCCAUAACAGCAAUGAUGGGAAAAUUACACGUGCGGAUUUCCUGAAUGCUGCUACUCGUGUCACUCGAUUCUCGCUCUUCACUCCUAUGGAGGCUGACAUUCUAUUCCACUUCGCUGGAUUGGAUGCACCAUCGGGAAGACUUUCACAGAAAGAUUUUGCCAAGGUCAUUGAUGCAUCAUGGCGUACGCCGAUUGCAGUUGCUGGACAGGCUGCAUCGGAUUCGGUGCACAAGGUGGCCGAGAAGUCCAAGUCGGUGCUGUAUAGUGUCCUUGAAUCCGUGCACCAUUUCGCCUUGGGAAGUCUUGCAGGUGCAUUCGGAGCGUUCAUGGUGUACCCCAUCGAUCUUGUAAAGACCCGCAUGCAGAACCAGCGAUCAAAUCGCGUCGGGGAGAGACUGUACAACAACUCGAUUGACUGCGCAAGGAAGGUGAUCCGGAAUGAGGGUUUCCUGGGGCUGUACUCUGGAGUUAUUCCUCAGUUGAUCGGUGUUGCUCCCGAAAAAGCUAUCAAGCUCACCGUGAAUGACCUGGUCCGUGGUCAUUUCACCAACAAGGAGAACGGAAAGAUCUGGACUGGUCAUGAGGUUCUGGCCGGUGGUACUGCAGGAGCUUGUCAAGUUAUCUUCACCAAUCCCUUGGAGAUUGUCAAGAUUCGUCUUCAAGUCCAGGGUGAAAUCGCCAAGUCUGUCGAGGGUGCCCCUCGCCGCUCGGCCCUCUGGAUUGUCAAGAACUUGGGUUUGAUGGGCUUGUACAAGGGAGCAAGUGCCUGCUUGCUUCGUGAUGUGCCGUUCUCGGCCAUCUAUUUCCCCACAUACGCUCACCUCAAGUCCGACUUCUUCGGCGAAACGGCCACCAACAAGCUCGGCGUCGUGCAAUUGCUCACCGCAGGUGCUAUUGCAGGUAUGCCUGCGGCUUACCUCACUACCCCGUGCGAUGUGAUCAAGACCCGUCUGCAGGUUGAAGCUCGUAAGGGAGAUACCAAGUACACCGGGUUGCGUCACUGCGCCACCACUGUUUGGAGGGAAGAAGGGUUCAAGGCCUUCUUCAAGGGAGGUCCUGCGCGUAUCCUUCGUUCGUCCCCACAGUUCGGUUUCACACUGGCAGCAUAUGAAGUUUUGCAGAAGGUGCUUCCCAUGCCUGGGUCUGAAACCGAUGUCACCCCGACCGGACACGUCGAACCCGGCGUCGGCUUGGGAUCCGCAAAGGCUCCUCUGCCAUACCUCAGAUCAAGGAAUGCCCUCAAGUUGAUCCUUGAUCUGGAUCAGAACAUUGGCCGCGUUCCGAUCCCCUCUGCUGAGCAGUGGCCUAAGUUUCUCCAACACUCCAAGCAAUAG